CCCAACCCAUCAUUCUUCACCUCCGGAAGGGCAGUUCGAAAAUUUCAGAAAACUAAAGCUGCAUGAAAACUGUACCGAAGAAAGCAAAGAAUAAGUCCAAGAAACAGAAGAAGAAAAGAGAAAUGGCGAACGUUGUCCAAGAGUUGUACCAGACUUGCAGUGAAGUAUUUGCAGAUGGUGAUCAUCAAAUUGCUGGGUAUAUUCCCCCAGCUCCUGAUAUUGAAAGGCUCAAGUCAGUUCUUGAUAGAAUGAAACCGGAGGAUCUCAAUCUUUCACCAAACAUGCCAAUGUUUAGAAGAAGUUCUACAGCCCAAGAAGCUUCCCAUCCUCGGAUAACCUAUAUUGAACUACAUGAAUGCGAUCAGUUUUCGAUUGGGAUCUUUUGCUUGCCACCAUCUGCAGUCAUUCCCCUUCAUAAUCAUCCAAACAUGACUGUCUUCAGCAAGCUCCUAUUCGGGGCAUUGCGAAUCAAGUCAUACGAUUGGGUAGAUGAUGGCACGAGCAGCACGAGCAAGAUAAAUACCGGUGAAAUCACACACAGGCAGGAUGGAAUCCGCUUAGCUAAAGUCCAUAUGGAUUCAGAUGUCACCUCCCCAUAUAACGCCUCUGUACUUUUUCCUGCUGCAGGAGGCAAUAUGCACUGCUUCACAGCCCUUACUGCAUGUGCAAUACUGGAUGUCUUAGGUCCACCCUAUUCUGAAUCUGAAGGCCGGCAUUGUACUUUCUUUCAAGAUUUCCCAUAUGAUAAAUUUUCAGGUGGUGCAGAAGAAUUGGUACCUACUGACGAAGAAGUCACAAAGAAGUAUGCUUGGCUUCAAGAAAUAGAGAAGCCUGAGGAUUAUAUUGAUGGAGGACCGUCCUAAGGACAAAAAUUAUGGAAGACUAAUAAGAAAUUAAGCUUUGUAUGUA